AUGAUUCCGUCGUCGCCCAAUUUCCUCUCAUCAUUCGAUCCGGCCCUCCAUCUCCAUUCCGAAGAUCCUACCAACGCCCCCAACCUCCCUUCCGAGUCCUUCUCCGACGACAUCGAGGCAAUCCACCUGCAUCGCCUCGAACAAACCCGCAAUAAAGUUGUGAUUCAACACCGAGCCUGGAAUUUGUCUGAUGUCUUUCGCAGUGACGACGAUAUAAGACCAGACACCCCGACGAAGGACUACACCGAUACACCGCGUCAAAACGCGCUGACUCGGGCACAAUAUCUAUCUUUUCUUCCGUCCUCACCUCCGAUCUCAGAUAUGCCAUUCAUAGCACAACCAGGGGCAGCAGUGCUCGGCGACUCUGAUGGUAAUGUGCAGAAGCGCAAGGCCACCGAUGUUGAAGAGAACUCCUCGCAGGCCGAACCUAAGCGACAGAAGUUCCUCGGAGGAUUUGUUGACGACGACGAUGACGAAGAAGACGAUGAAGUCGCUGCACUGCAAGACGAGCAGCUCAAGAGCCAAUUCGAGCUACAAGAGAAUCCCGAAUCAGUACCGUCAAACCUCCCUAGCAUUCUGGAAGAACCGCAGAACAACGCAUUUUCCACUCCACAAAAUGAAGACACGCCUACGAUCUCAAGAAUACAAACCACAAUUGCAUCUCGACAUGCUCCAAUCCCACCGAACAAGAUCCAGAUCAAAACGUGCAGCGGCAAAACACACCAUAUCCCGCUUCGCAAGACCAGUGCUCCCGUUUCUUACGAGCGUAUGAUCGCAAGCCGAUCUGAGACCGAGGCCGGACGAGCCAAAAGGAGUUACUAUGGAAUUGAGAUUCACAAAUUGCUGGACGAGGCUGCAAAGGAGGCAAAAGCCACCAAGGCAGCACCCCGACCUGCGGUGCAAGAGUCCAUCGAACGGAUAGAAGGAGACCCAAAGCAGAAGAAGAUUGACUCGAUGAUGUGGACAGAAAAGUACCGUGCUCGCAAAUUCACCGACCUCAUUGGCGAUGAGCGUACACACCGUGCGGUGCUUCGCUGGUUGAAGGGGUGGGAGCCAAUUGUCUUCCCCGGCUUGGUCAAGUCUUCUCGAUCAAAGAAAGCCGGUCAGGGUGAUGAGGAUGAGGAGCGGAUGCAUCGCAAGGUGCUUCUGCUAAGUGGCCCCCCUGGUCUUGGCAAAACUACGUUGGCACAUGUAUGUGCCAAACAGGCCGGUUACGAGGUCCUCGAAAUCAAUGCCAGUGAUGAGCGCAGCAGAGAUGUGGUUAAGGGCCGCAUCCGUGAUGCGCUAGGGACGGAGAAUGUCAAAGGUGCCAACGUUGAGAUUGGUGAGAACAAGGUCCGUCGGGCUGCCAGGCCAGUAUGUGUCGUUGUUGACGAGGUUGACGGCGUUGUCGGAGGAGCUGGCAGCGGUGGUGAAGGUGGUUUCAUGAAAGCCUUGAUUGAUUUGGUUAUGCUCGAUCAACGCAAUGCGCGUUAUGUCGCUGAGCAUGGCGGCAAAUCCGGCAAGAAGCGCAAGGGUGAUAACUUCCGCUUCCUGCGGCCGUUGAUCCUGGUAUGCAAUGAUCUGUAUCACCCCAGUCUUCGCCCUCUGCGAGCCUCUACGAUUGCAGAGAUGAUUCACGUUCGACAAGCGCCAUUGGAGAAUGUGAUCCAGCGUGUGAAGAACAUUUUCAGCAGAGAAGGUAUUCCAUGUGAUGGUGAUGGAGCCCGAAGGCUAUGCGAAGCGGCUUGGGGAUUAGAACCUCGAAGGAAACGGGGUUCUAAGAAUAACGGGUCCGCCGAGGGUGAUAUCCGAAGCGUGCUUGUUGCUGCUGAGUGGGUAGCACAUAAGCUUCGAAAUGAAGGCUCUUCGUCUUUGAGACUGACUCGAAACUGGUUGGAGUCACGAGUGCUCGGCACGUCCACUGAAGGCGGCUCCUUUUUCAAAGAGAUGAGCCGUGGCGGUGUCCGUGAGAUUGUGAAUCGGGUUUUCAGCGAAGGGGCGGGGUUCACUGAUGCUCCAGCUGGCAUGUCUUUCCAGGGCAAAUUCGACAGCUCUAAUAGCCGUGUUCCAGUGGGAGUAGCAGACUUGCGCAAACGACACGCUAUCAAUCGCCUACGGGAGAUGAUAGAUGCUAGUGGUGAGCAUGACCGGUGUGUCACCGACUGUUUUGCUGCAUACCCGAACCAGCAAUACCGGGAUGACAAUUUCCUCUCAAAGCCCACUGCCGCUUACGACUGGCUUCAUUUCCAUGACUCGAUCUCCUCGAGAGUACAUCAGUCUCAGGAGUGGGAAUUGGGCGCGUAUCUGAGCCAGUCCACGCUUGCAUUCCAUCAUCUUUUCGCCUCGGCUGCUGGCAAGGUUGAGAUGAAUGAUCGCGACAACGAGGAUGAGAACGCCGAGGACGAGCAUCCUUUCUCAGGACCCAAAGCAGACUUCCUUGUAUUCGAAGCACAAAAGGAGAACCGCUCUAUCUUGAACGGAUUCCAGUCAUCUUUACCGGCACCCAUGAUUCGCAUGUUCAGGUCCGCCGAUAGCGUUGUCACGGAUCUUAUUCCGCAUUUGAUUCGAAUGCUGUCCCCUGACGUUAAACCCGUCAUUGUGCGUGGCGGCGGUGAGCAGAGGAGUACAGCCAGCGUUCGCAAAGAAAGCGAGCGUGCCCUCGUCCAGUCGGCCGUGCGGGUCAUGUCUGGUAUGGGUGUUACGUUUGAGAAAGUCCGAGUAGAGCAUGAAGGCGGAAGUCACGGUGGCUGGGCCUACAGAAUGGAGCCGUCACUCGAUUCGCUGGUGGCUUUCUCCAAGAUGACAGGGAGUUCUUCAGCAUCGGGCUCUGCGCCUGUUCGUUAUGCAGUCCGUCAAGUUCUUGACCAGGAGUAUCGCAAGGAGAUGAUGCGCAAGCAAUCUGAUGCCAAGAAUGCCGCCAGCGGUAAGUCUCUUAAUGGUCAAUCCGUAAAAGAGCAGCAAGGUGGUGCUAGUCAUAAAGUCACUGGCGAUGCCGCUCUUAAACGGGAUUUCUUUGGACGGGUCAUUCAAGAGCCUAUCGGGGAGACCAAGGAAACCGAGAGCGGUAACCACUCGGACGAGACUUCCAAAGCUGGCCGGAAGGUGUGGGUGACUUAUCACGAAGGGUUCUCAAAUGCGGUUCGCAAGCCUAUCUCUCUGGGGGAGUUGUUGGCAGGGCUGUGA